AUGACUCUCACCGAACAAGUUCGUCACGACGAAAUCAAUCUUUCAAGGCUUAUGCGUAGGCUAGAGAAGUCUGUUUCGGGCGGUGCAUGGGAUGAACCUCAUAAUGAUAACGAUCCUCGAACCUCCACAUGUUUCAAGUCUUUGGAAGCUCUACAGUAUGUCAAGUUCGCGAAGAAGCUGCUACGAAAUGUUGAACAAUCUCAUGGGUCGUCCGAUAAAACUCAUCAGAUACGACUAUCCCUCAAACGAAUGCAAGAUUUCCUACAAUCAGUCAAGGCGGAGACGACACCGAAAAUACAACGUCCUGAACCGAUAUUACCCUCGAUAUCUACCCCGAUGCGUGCGGUUCCCCCCGAAUUUUCAACCGAGCCUUCGCCUGAAGGUACAAAUCCGGGCUCGUCAAUGUCCCAGGAUGGCCUCCUUCCUCUGCCGUCGGAUCCUCUCUUACCCAUAGCACCUGCAUCUGAUUCGGGACCUAACCUUGCCUCAGACAUUCCGACACUCUUACCAUCUUCCGCACCGUCCACUGCGUCGAAAUCGACGGCUAUUCUUAUGGAAAACUCGAAUGCACUCCAGCAGGAGCUUACUGACCAGCUCGCUGAAAUGAGCGCCCGAAUGAGGAGAAACAUGCUUCAUUUCUCUGAUUCGUUGGCCAAGGACGCUGCUGUCGUCGAUGAGACGAAACAAAAGCUGGAAAGCAACGUUGACACGAUGUCAGAACGCAAGACACAGCUGAGUGCUCAUCGAGGCAAAAGCUGGUCUACGACGUGGUUAACGUUAUUUGUUAUGAUUUCUGUGGUGGUCAUGUUCGCUACUAUGGUUUUCCUCAUACGAUUUACUUGA